AUCUCGCGAGAGUUAAAGCGAAAUCCUGCGAAGUCGGAGAAGGCGAUGCAAAUAUUGGAACUACAAAUCUGAGGGACAGCAGGAUCAGUUACAUAAACCCUUGAUGUUCCAGUAUCAGAGAUUUUUAAUUACACAAGUUGUAUUGCAAGUUCCAAAAAUAUGGAUAAGAGUGCCUGUACAACCCAGAAAAUCAGUUUUCAAGUAUUUUGCAAUGAACAAAAAGCUAAAUUGCAGGUGAAAUACCCAUUUUUGAGCAAAUCUCAAAUUAAUCAUAAAAUAAAAGAGCUGUGGAAAAGAAUGGAUAUUGCAGAAAAGCAAUGUUACACCAAGACUGUAUUAUCACCACCUAAAUUUAAGAAGAAUAUUCAAGUGAAGCAACAGAAAAAGUCUCAAAGCAUAAAAAAUUCUACAAGUAUGUUAGCAACAAAAGGAAUCAAAGACAGUGGGGGUAAAGUUUCACCUGUUUUAACACAGAUCCAAACUGAUAGCCAGACAGAAAAAAAGGGAAUAUCACACACUGAAAAUUCUGAGGAUUCCAUAGAUGAAACAAGGGAAGCAUUGAACAAGAGAAGAUGUAGCACAGACAUUGUAAAAGAUGUCCCAACAAAUCAAGGUAGGAAAACUAUUCCUUGGAAAGGACGACCAAGUAUGGGUUCAACAGAUCUUUGGAGUGAUUCCUCCCCUCCUGAUUCAAAUAAUAAGAAAAAGGCCAAAUCAACAAAGAGUCAAAUGGGUGUACAUGGAAUCCUGAAACCAAGCGGAGAUGCUCCAAGGCUAAAAGCAAGGAACAGAGUAUCAUUUGGGUCUCCUGAAAAUGAGUUAUCAUCCACAUUGCCACCCCAGACCAAUUCAGGUGACUUUAACACAGCUAACUCUGAUGAUGAAGACAACAGUGUACAGUUAUUAUGCAGAACAGAUGAUGACAUGUAUGACUUUGAAAAAAUAGCCAGCUAUGGGUUGUGUGUCGAGGAAGAGGAUAUUUAUACAAAUCAGAAUAGAUACAUCCCCGACGAUUGGAAGCAGGCCAGUGUGAAUGAGACAACUAAUGAGAGCAUUCAACAAUCUAAUGAAAAAAAUUCAGAGUUUAAGAUUCCACAAAACAGAGAAAUUAAGAAGAAAAAGGGGGCCAAACAAAUAAAAGAAAGAAAAGAUGAUGGUAAAUUAUUAUCUCCCUUGUCUGAAGGAUCUAAAAAUUCCCCAACAGCUAUAACUACACCUCAGACUGAGGAAAGGCAGGAAAGAGGAUUUCUAAUCACUCCUCACAUGAAUGAAGUUCUGGUAGAGCAAAAACUACAAGAAGCCAAGAAAACUCCUAAAAAGAACAAAGCAGAAUCCCCUAAAUCUACCUCCAGAACAGGGUCUGUGAGAAAGAAGAGAGGGCAAGAUGGUUUAGAUUCAGAGAAAAGAAAAGAUGAAAAACACUCUUCUGACACAGAUUCCUUGUCUGUCAUGCCAUUAACAGAAUCCGUUUCAUCUGGAGCUGAGUCUGUUGCGAGUCCCAAUAUCCAGGAUGGAGUGGAGAGAUACAUGAAUGUACUGUCUGAGAAAUUACAGAGGAUGCAUGGUACAGAGAAUGUGAAGGAGACUAUUCCAGAAGAUGGUGCCUGUUUAUCAGAGAGAGGGGAUGGCAAAGUGAUGAAAAAUAAGUCUUCUUACUCUAUGAAAAAUUUUGCUUUACUGCCACAAAAGAGAAGGAAGGGUAAAAAACAAAAAGAUCUUCACUAUCCGAGUGAAAUGUCAGAGUCUUCCACAGAGACAAAGGAAAAUGUAGUGAAAAAACCAAGAUGUCAUCAGGACAAGAGGACAAAAAGAAAUUUGGAAAGGUCUAGUUCAUCUGAUGAAAGGAAAGCAAGAACAAAGAGAACAAAGCAACAAGUUGUGAAAAAUAAGUCCCCAAAGCCUUGUAAAACAACAAAAAAGGUUAAAAGUCCUGUAGGAAGAAUGGAUGCUGACAAGCUUAUCUCGGAAUCUCCAAACAAAAUCGACAACAAUUGCAAUACAGAAGAGCCAUCAUUAUAUUUCACCGCAGACGACAGUUCUUCUAGUGGAGACGACAUCCAGCCAACAAAUAAAGUUCUGAUGACAGCAAUACUCAGGAUGCAGAGAGCUGUACAGUGUCAAGAGACCUCCGAUACUGAGGCUAUCUCGCCUUGUCUCUCUGGAAUCAGCCAGCUGUCUUCAGUGGUGUCUGAGAAAGACAUUACUACAGAUGCAACAGCAGAGAAGGAUUCGGUUAACAGAUUAUGUGAGGAAAUCCAAGAGUCUAGCAGCAGUAGUGAGUGUAGCUGUACAGACAGCACCAAGAGUCAGACACCAGUACAAAAGCCCAUCCAACCAAAAACAGGAAAGGAUCCGGAAAGUUAUGAGUGUAUGGAUGUUCCUCAUGGUGAAAAGAAAAAAUGCUCCCCUAUAAAAGAUAGUCAUGCUGAUGGUUAUGAAAAGGACAUUUUUCAGAUGUUUUCCAAGUUAAGUCCUGCUAAGGCACAAAACAUGCAAAGAAGAAGGUACAUUACAAGCUCUCAGCAUGAGGGAAGAAGCAACUUCAAAGAUUUGUUUCAGGACAAUAAAAUAUUUUAAAUUUCAGAUUUUUUCAAUGAUUACUGUAGUUUUUAAUUUCCUUUUUAUACAAUGAGUAUGCCUUUUUGAUCAAGAUGUUCAUUAAAUUUUUAAGGUGAGA